AUGACUUAUGAGAUGCAACUGAGUGCUGGGGAUAGUAUGGGUGGACAGAAGGAAGCACAACAUGAUCUCAUACUUGAUUUUGAAAGAGUGCAUGAUGGCUGUCAGCUUCCUGGUGGUCCAACAUGGCCAUCAUCUGUCUUAGAGGUGAAUCCUGAUGACAAUAUUUAUGAAGAAGUGGACCUGGACCAACUUGGAUCAGAAGAUGGAUGUAGGUGGGGUGGUGGUCAACAAUCUGCUAGCUCUGGAAGUGAGGACUCGAAAGAAGAAACUUCGGGAGUGGGCUUGGCUGCUAGAAUAAUGGGCAAAAAGAAGAAAAAAGGAAAAAGAACAGAAAGCUGGGAGAGGAGCUUCUUUUCCAUGCUGGUACCCAUUUUUGAGGUGAAAUGUAGAGGAUCCUCUUCCUACAGUGAACCUGAUGUACAAUUCCAGGCAUUGGUUGAGGUCAAACUCCCAUUUACAAAGUCUGGAGGAGCAUUUACCAGAUGGUUUUCCACAAGAAAGAAGGAAUAUGAUAUAGAAAGGAGCAUGGUUGUCACAAAUUCCAACUCUUUUCAUGGUGAAGAGACAUACUAUGAUAUAAAGCUUUCCAAAAAACAGAGACCACCGUUAUCUCUACCGCCUGCACCAUCGUGUCUUAGUCCAGAACAAGAUUACAAAAGACCUUUGGAAGAAUGUAGUGCUCCACUAGUCAGCCCAGCUAAGAUCAACAUCAUGUUCUUCCGAGUGGAACAGAUACUACAGUGUCAUACCAUCUUUGGCAUUGCAUUAAGCCAAUGUGUGAGAGAAUGGGAUGCACUUGAAAAGAUUGGAGAUGUUUUUGUAGCUUCAUUUUCGAAAGCCAUGGUUUUAGACAUUUACAGUGAUUUCAUCAAUAACUUCUCUCUCGCUAUGGAAACAGCAAAACAAGCUUCAAAAAAUAAGUCUGCUUUUGCUGACUUUUUAAAGGUUAAACAAAUUAGUAGUGCAGAUAGACUGUCUUUUUUUGGGUUGAUGGUUAAGCCUGUUCAGAGAUUUCCACAGUUCAUUCUCCUCCUACAGGACCUACUUAAGCACACUCCUCCAGGCCAUCAUGACCGUAUGUCAUUACAAUUAGCUCUGACACAGCUAGAGUCUCUUGCCGAAACAUUGAAUGAGCGGAAACGAGAGUCAGAACAACAUUAUGCUGUACGAGAAGUGCUGAAGCAUUUAAACAACAAAUUCUCAUUGAAGUCUAUAGCAGAUACUGACCACUACCUGCUUAGACAGGAUGAUGUUUUGCAGUUGGAAGUAGACCAACAUGGAUUAGUUGUUAAAUCCAAAGGUAGACAACUGUUUCUCCUGAAUGACCUUCUAGUAUGUGUUUCUGUGGUUUCAAAGUCAUCAGAAGGAAGUCAUGGAGGAGAAAGGUUCAAUUUGAAGUGGGCCGUACCUCUUAUGGAUGUUGAAGUGCAAGAAAAUGUUGCCCCAGCGACUCGAAAUUUGCUAGCAUCUUCUGAACGAAAUCGAACAUCAGUGUCAAGGGGAUCUGGCAAUGGUGGGACUGUACAGUGUGUUUACGAUGAGCUCAGUGAUUUGGUGCACGACUUGGAAAUUAUGAGUAGAAUUUCUUCUCUAGUGGCAUCACUUCGUUUAAACUACAGUGAUUUGAGCCUUUCAUUGAUAUGUGGACUAUCUCAGAACAUUCAGGAAAAAAUCAGAAAGAAAGAUGAGGAAAUCACUCGACUUGAUUCCUGCUGUCUCCAGCUGUCAAUACCAGUGAAGUCAAACAUUGCACCAAAGACACACUAUGCAGUGGUCCUGGAAAGAUAUGAGAUGAUAAAGGAGACAAACCCCAUUGAAGAGUUCUCUGAUGAGAAGAAAAUAAAAAGCAAGAUCAGCCAAAUCAAACAGAAUAAGAAGAAGGAAAGGCAAGCAGCUGAUGGAGGAUCCCAAGAAGAUACAAACAAUACUCCAGCAUGGGACAUUCCAGAGCAGGAGAAGAGGCCUACUAGUAAGAUGCCCUUAUUUGCUAAAACAGUUCCAAUCUUCUCAGCUUUAGGCUCUACUGAGGUGAAAUGUGGCUGUUACUACACUCUAGAUGCCAACAGUCUUAGUGCAGUAACCUACUUGUGGCUGUGUUGUACAGAUGGUAUCAAAAGCUACCUGGUGGUGAUGUCAGUGCAGCCUACAUUGUUGCAAGAGAUUGCUACUUUUGACCUUCAAGAAGUGCAAAUAACAGCAGUAGAGGCAGUUCCUGCAUUGGCUGAGGGACUUGAAACUGUUUGGCUUGGAACAGAAAGCAGGAGGAUUGUGGUCCUUUCUGGAUCAUCUCCACAGAGUUACCAAGAAGUAGGAGUUGCAGUGAUGCCUGCCUUAGCCAUGCACAUACGUUAUCAUUUUGAGAGAGUUUUUGCUGGCCUUAGUGACGGUUCUAUUGUUGUCUUUCAAAGAAGUUCUUCAGAAGAAGCAUGGGAGCUGAGAAGCCCCCUUAUGGUAAAUCUUGGACCAGAUCCUAUCACUUAUCUCCUUCCAUUAGGUUUAGCCUUAGUGUGUUCAGCAGGACGUAAUGUUAUUCUUCUAGAUGGCCAAACUGCUGAGCCUCAGGGAGCUACUGGAAGCUCCUUUUUCUCCAUCCCAUGUUGUUUGCCAGAGUUCCUGAGAUGUUUUCGUGACUCUAAUAUUCGAAUAACAGUAACAUCGCUUCUUGCAAGUCGAGGCCUUCUGUGGGUUGGUACUAAUGUAGGUGUUAUUUUAACUGUGCCACUACCCCGUCUAGAAGGUGUGCCAAUUAUCAGUGGACGUACUAAUGUAGCAUACCAUGGCCACCAUGGUCCAGUUACUUUGCUUCUCAGCCUGCUUCCUCGACCAGCUGUUAGUGUUCCUUCUAAUAUCAGGGAAGAAGAGGUUGGUUUGGAUGUGGUAAAGCCAGAAAAUCAACCUCCUUGUCAUGAAAAGGUGCAGAAACAGAAAUCUGACUCCAUGAUCCCUCCUCCAUUCAUUAGAUCUCAUGUAGCACCAGCUCGGAAAAGUGCUGCAGACAUUCAUAUGUCAGGAGCUAAGACUCUCCCAAGAGGAAUGAAUUUUCACCAGCCUCCAACAGCAAACACCUAUCUGGAAGAUUCCAACAAUGUAUAUGGUUUGUAUGCUGACCUGAUGAAUAUUCAUGAUUAUGACAGGGACAGCCAAGAAAGGCUUCAUGAAAGGUUGAACCAGAGUGAUUCCGAUCUUGCUGCUUUUCAUUUGAUUACUUUAGAUAGAAGAUUGAAACAGAAGACAGGACGUCCUCGUUCUUGGGACCUUUCCAAUAUGGCAGUGUCUGAAGAUUCUGAUUCAUCAGCAGCCUGUGAACCUCACCAAGCUGGUAAUUUAAGAGGUGGAGGUUCCACAGCCACUAACAGUAAGAAGAUCUCUACAUUAAAGUCCCACCAUUCUUCAACAUCACUGUCGUCAGCAGACACAAGGCCACCACCAAUAGCUGAAACCUGCAUUAGCAAGUAUUCUGCUCGAGCCAGUCGUCUUGUCAACCAAGAGAAAACAGUUUUGACUGUUACGGGUGGAUGUGGUUACAUUAACUGGAAGAGAGCUGGAGAAAAACAGAAUGAAAAAAAAGAAGCUCACAUCAUUAUGUGGGAAAUGAAACUGUGA